GAUGUUUGUUGUUGCAAUUCUUGUGUAUUGUUUACAUGUGCAAUUCGCAAAAUUCUUAUAGUUCGGAGAAAAAUAGAAUUGGAAAACAAAUCGGAAGACUGGUAGGAAAUUUGUUGCAGAAAAUCUCACAAUGGAGGGCAAAGGACUAGCUCAUAAUCUGGAAUCGGCUACACGAACGGAUGACAUACGCCUAAAGGAUUUAGCUCCGUUCAGUAAAAUGCUCUUGUCCGAACAAGUUCGCAAGGGUUUACAUCAAGCCGGCUUUAUGUAUCCGACAGUCAUACAGGCUAUUGCCAUACCAGUGGGAAAGUCGGGAAUCGAUUUAUUGGUUCAGUCAAAAUCCGGGACAGGCAAGACGUUAAUAUUCUGUUGCAUAGUUUUGGAAGCAUACACAUCGGAGAUUAAGGAACCACAGUCGAUGAUUGUAGCACCCACUCGGGAAAUUGCAGUACAAAUAGAAGACACACUGAAUAGCAUUGGUAAAUUCUGUCCUGGUUUCAAAGCAGUAUGUGUGAUUGGUGGCAUGGAUGUGGGAGAAGAUCGUAAACGUGUGCAGGGUGCCAAGGCAAUUGUUGGUACUCCGGGUAGGAUUUUACAUCUCAUUCAAAACGAAGUAUUGAAUACUUCUCAAAUACGACUACUCGUAUUGGAUGAAGCCGAUAAAAUGUACUCGAACACAUUCCGUCAAGAUUUACAGAGGAUACGUAAUGCCUUGCCCAACCGCAAACAGACCUUGGCAUGUAGUGCAACAUUUGAGGAUAAUCUUGACAUGGAACUGGCAAAAAUAAUGAAAAAUCCUCUCUUGGUAUCCACUGAAGAGAGGGCCACUCUGCUAGUGGGCAUCAAGCAAUUUGUUUAUGAGUUGCCAGAACAGAAGACAAGUAUUUUAGAAAUGCAAUUGAAAUUGGAUGCUGUGAGACAUAUUUUUCGACGUCUUGCAUUUAAGCAAUGCCUAAUUUUUGCCGGUUCACAAUCCCGGGCGGAUUCGUAUCGUAAUUAUUUGGAAAAGGACGGUUGGCCAUGUGAACUUAUCUCGGGAGCACAAAAUCAGAAGACCCGCCUGGAACAAUUUCGCAAAUUUCGGGAGUUUAAAACACGUAUACUGCUUGCUACAGAUCUUAUGGCACGUGGUGUAGAUUCGGAACAUGUUAAUCUGGUCAUAAAUCUGGAAUUACCCCCAGAUUCAGUUACAUAUUUGCAUCGCAUUGGUCGUGCUGGCCGAUUUGGCUCCCAUGGUGUUGCCAUUAAUUGUGUAGCAUCGGCCAAGGAUCAUCAGACAUUCAAGAAACUCAUUUCCGAAAUUGGUACUGGUAUGAAGGUUCUCAAAUUUCCGAAAGAAACUGAAAGCGAUAAGGAGCAGCGUGAUAUUUGGAAUUUUUCACAAUUUGCUGAAGACAUCAACUAUUUUGGUCUAUAUCAAACUGAUCCUCCAAUGCCAAAGGCUCCCUUAGCCUCACAAGAUAAUGUUUCUCUAACACCAUCAUUGUCUGAAAAUAAAGAGAAUCUUAGCAAUAAUACUUCAUCCAUACAACAAUCAUCAAUAGAUACAAAUACGUUCCUUGUCAAUUCCAAAGAUAGUGCCGUAAACAUGCCACAAUUAACAGAAUCUUCUCAAGUGCCCAACAAAUGUAAGCAGAAUGAUGCCGUAACUCCAUUGCAGCACAGUAAUGUCGAUAUUUUAAAUACUCCUUGUGAUUCACACAAUGAUUCCACACAUCAGCUCAUCACCUCGAAUACCAUAGAUGACGCCAGCAGUAUUGCUGCUGAUAGUUUACGUAGUAGCCAACAGGAUAUUUCCCGCUAUCAAUCUGUGUUAAUGCAAAAGUCUGCAAUACCCACACUUGUUGAGUUCUUGGUUGAUCGCCAGUCGUCGCAGGAUACGCCAACAAAGCGUAAUCAAGAUUUAUUUGAUGCCUACACCGAAGAGGUUUUAAAUGAUGAUAGAGAUCCAUCUGAGCCACUUCAGGCUGAAACAACAGUUGAUGGACCCGUGCUCAAUUCUACCAAAUUGGCUCAACUAAAAUCGCUACUCAUUGAUAAGCCUGUAGUGAAGAGUCCUAUUAAGGAAAAUAUUGAUUUAUAUUCGGAUUUCGAUAAUUUCAAGGAAGAUGAGAGCUCAAUAUCGGUGUCAGAUGAUGUUGACAAACAGACGUUCAUUAUGUCAGUUACGACACCAUCAAUACAACAAGAUUCAUUGGAGGAAUUGCGAAAUAAUUCAUCUGAUUUAUAUCCAGCCACAGAUCAGACUACAGUCACCACUGACUCUCAUGAACUGGCCAUUAAAGAGCCAAAGCAUUUUCCCUCACCAGCUCAUAAUCAUAUGCCAGGUUUUAUACCCGAUAUAAUACCAGGACCAGAUGCACAAACUAGUAAACAACAAAGACAAAAACUGUCCAUAAAUGUCACUGCACAUAUAGAAAUUCCUCCAUAUCAGUCGCCACCCAAUUCUGUGUCUCCUUUGGUGAAUGCAUUAGAAAAUAAUCGAGAAGAACCUUCACCUUCUUCCACAACAGACAGUUCUGUGGCAACUUUAUCUAAUCAAGAGAAUGAUGAACAAUUAUCUGGCUCAGAAACAGAACAGUCAGGAGGUAAUAGCAGCGGCUUCGACGAAAAGACAUCUACGUCAGGGUCUUCUGGUAUAGAUACAUCUGAACCGGAAAGUAAUCGUCCCCAACGUCUGGUAGCACAAUAUGAAACUUCAAGCAGUGACGAAGGUGAUGAUGAUGAUGAAGAUCUUACUUUUGAUUUGGAUAAUGAUGCCGAUGAGGAAGAUGAUAGUAGUGAACACUAUUUUGGGACCGAUGAGGAAGGCAGUCACGAAGAACUCGAAUAUGACCAAGAUUCUGAAGAAGAGGCGGAGUCUGAUGAAGACUUUUCGCCGGACUAUGCAAAUACACAAAUUGGUGAAGUACUUUUUAGUCGGCCCGUAACUCAGGCCAGCCACACUUCAUCCUCGAAUACCAUUACAAAUACAACACAACGCUCGUUAAAUGUGGCAUAUCAAACGGCCUAUUCACGUUGGGUGGAUCUCUAUUGGAAUCAAAUGACUAUAAUUCAAGAUUAUGUGAAAUUUUUCCAAUUCACCCGACAACAAGAGGAGUAAUUUCAAUUAUACCUAGAAUGUGCCCAUCCACGCAUGUGUUGCCCAAUUGAAUACAUUUAUCAACAACUGUUUUCUACAAUGUAUUAUUUAAUUUUGUAACUAUUUUUAGUCUUAAAGGAAUCUGGAAUUUCUUUUGGUUUUUUUAUCCUAUGAAUUUGUUA